AUGAAGAAGAUAACACCGGGUACGAAUGCAGCCGUUGUACUCGUUGGUCACGUGAAUGCUAUCGAAAAACCAGUAUGUGCUCUUGUUCGGUUGGAUAAACCAAAGAAUCAGUACAUUUCAAAAUAUCGAUCUGCACAAAUUCUCAUGCAAACUAAACCAACGAAUAAGGAUGCCGUAAAUGAAGAAAUAAGACUAUGUGAAUGA